AUGUCAAAACCCCUUAACGCUGAUGCCAAACGUCUGAGAACAAUCAUCGUAUCUUUCCCCAUUUUAGUGGUGACAACAGCUAUCCUGUACAGACGAACUAUGCUGGGAGAGGAGCAGCGGAAGAUACCACGAGAUACGACAGAUACGAAGAUUGCCCAGGAAAGAAUUGGUCAGGUGGGAGGUGUACCUUGGGAAGUACAGGGGAAGGAGCAUGCCUCUCAGCGGUCAGACUCAAUAUCUUGA